AUGAAGCUGAUCCUCCUCGUACUGUGCGGAUUACUGUACCUAUCGGACGUGAUUGGUCAGCAAAUCCCGGGUGUAUGGCAGCUGGCCGGAUUCAUCCGUCCGAUCGGCAUGAACUCGCUUCAUACGAAGCAUAGAGUGGUAAGUGGGGCGUGGCAAAAUUUUGACACGAAAAGUUUCAUGUCUAUUUCCACCGUAGGGGGUAAUGUUUCCACAAAAAAUCAAUUUUUUCCGUCCGCUUAGAAGCGUUUUUUUCUCUCUUCUCCGUAAACCUACAGUGGCAGACCUGAUCCAGUGGCAAAAAGCGUACCAUUUUGCCUCCGGGAAGCAUCAAAAAAAUGUGGCAAAAUACCUCCAUUUCCAAGUGAAAGACUCCGAUUUCAAAAUCGCACCCGCUCUUUUUGUGAGGGAAAGAGCGCGCCCUUCAAAACGGAGUUCUAGUUGGAGUGGGAGGUAUUUUGCUGCAUUUUCGAUACUUCCCGGAUGCUUUAUUUUCUCGACAGCCUGAUAUCAUCAAAUUUUUUUAGAGAGUCAAGCUUGUUGAGGGUGGACUGUGGGAGUCGACUUGCGGCGACGAUAUUGCCGACGAAGACGGGAGCUUUGAGGUUCGAUGCCAUCCCACCCAUCCCAACAACCGCAAGCAUCUGUACAUGUAAGUCGUGCCGGGGAUAUGGCUCUAUUUUUCAGCUACUUCCGCCUGUGGCGAGGCGAGGAGUGCCGUUAUGCCAAGUUCGAAGACGUUGACCUCUCGCUAGGCGAACUGUGGGAGAUCUCCGCGUAUGAUGACGGAGCCGGAUGGGAUAGCGACUGCCCAAAGGACUAUUAUUAUUAA